AAAAUAAUUAAGCAUAAAGCAAUUAACAAGAAAUAGAUUUGACUAGAAACAAGGAGUAACAUAACUGUUGCGUAUAUAUACCACAUUGUAUAAAUAUUAAACUGUGAGCAUGGCAACAAGUGUUUGUAAUUACACCUGUGGUGGCGGCAAAGAAGAACAAAUUUAUGAAUUUCCUAAACUCACUGCAAUUAUAAGUCAACUAAACUAUGAGUUUGAAAAUUAUAAGUAUACAGUUUAUCGUUGUGCAGUAAAAUUUGUGUCAUUGCAAAAAAUAUUUUUUACUAGCAAUAUCCCAUAUAAAUUAGUAUUGGCUGUUAUGGAACGGCAUGGAAUACGCGAUGGUGAUGUCAAUUUAAUGGUACCACCAUUUCAAUUAACGUCUCUUAUACAUGAUGUAUAUUACGCUUGCGAAAAAUUGGGCCAUUUCUCCAAGUUAUCAUCAUAUACAUUGGAAUCUGCCACAGCAAUUCUAUCAAAUUUCUUUUGGAAUAUCUAUGAUCCGCAUCGUCGUCAUUCAAUAUCAUUGUUGGAGAUCAAAAUUACUUUUCUAUUGCUGUGUAAAUUAUACGCUUCCGAUCAAAUGAUUACAGAAUUUUACAAUUUACUUAAUCACAAAAAGACCAAGUCUGUACCUAAAUUAAAUUUUGAAUAUUUAUUAAAUAUUUUGGCUAAAAUAUUUUCAUAUAUUGGCGAAGGAACUGCUUAUGGAUCGCAAAAUAUAUCCUUAGUUAUGGAUCAGUGUUAUGCUAGAAGUCACAACUUAUCUGGACUUACCGAUUAUCAAUUCCAUUCCCUAUGGGCAACGACACAAACUCGGUUCCUAAUCUAUGCAAAUUUAGUAGCACUAAUUAAACGGAUAGAGGAUACCGAGAAACUUAUACACCUAAAUGUUUGUGCUUCCUGUCAUAUGGACAAAAUAACGGGUAUACGAUUUAAAUGUCAGUCCUGCAAAGAUCUGUCAUUAUGUUUGAAAUGUUUUGCCACCGGUUAUACUACCAAUAAACAUCUUGCGGGUCAUAAAAUGUAUGAAGUUUUCACUGAGGAUUUGCCAACAAAAAAGUUUUCACAUUAUUUUGCUAAACUGUGUACUGUAUUUCUUUGCAAUACUAAAAAGUUGAACGAAGAAGAAUCUAAAGGAUUUUGUAAUGCCAAUGAAACAGCAGUUCAUAAUGACACAGAAUUAAUAACAAUAGCCACCAAUCGAACUUCGAACGCGUCUACGGUUAGUGUUAAAGCAGCAGCAGCAAGUGCUGUGGAAAACUCAAGGCUACCCCAAUCACCAAAUGACAAGAUUCAAAGCUCGAAUUUGCAAAAAAUUGAUUCUUCAUUGUCAUGCCUGACUACAACUGCUUCAAAUGCGUUGAAUGUUUCUGGGAAACUGCAAAUAAUUAUAGACAAACUAUUGCAUCAAAAUGAAAAACUGGAACAGCAAUUAAAAUGUGUGCAAACAUCAACCCAAGAUGAACUCUCGAGAUUCCUAAAUGAUCAUCAGCAAUUUUUAAUGGAUAUUAUAACAGAAAUGCGCAACUUUUCGCAAACCUCCUCGGUUACAAUGAGUUCAUAUCCAACGUCUAGCACGCCAAAUCGUUACAAUUUUGUUAAAACUCCAACACGUUUAGAUAAUUUUAGUGCCGUUCUUAAUCCACGAACUAAUACAGUUACUAUAAACCAAUUUCAUCCACCACUAAAUACACCUAAAGACAAUUUAACACAUUCAAUAAAUGGCGCUGAUAUAAAUCGUAGUUAUUUGGAUGCAAAUAAAUCGGAUUACUCUAUAAAUGACUUGAGUUUGUGGUUUAAUCAAAAACGUUUAUCAUCCUCAAUGCCACCAUCAUUAGCAUCACCUCCCCAAACAUUAGGUGUACUUACUGAAGUUCCCUCUCAAGAUGAACUUAAUUGUCAUGGCAGUGACGAAGACGUCGUUUUAACAAUGCACACGCGUGAAACUGAAAUGACAAAUUUUAAACUUUUAUUGCAUAAAGUAAAAGAAAUUGUAGAAGAUUCGUAUAGUGACAAUACGGAAUUAUCCGAAGCUACACAAAAUUUGGAAAAUGUAUUGGACUCUAUUAUUAAAACGGAAGAAGGCAGAAGAAAGAGUCUUAAUUAAUUAUACACAAAUAUCCUUGUUAUAUAUUUUGUUUGCAAUUCUUUUUUUUUUAUCAAGCUUUAACAUAAAAUAUAUUUUUUAUGAUGAUUUUAUCAUUCCAGAGUAUUUUUAAUUUUCGAUAUUUAUGUACAAAAAUAUUUUUUCUAAUAAAUUUAUACCAUACAAAAAA